AUGAAUGACGCUCUUACAGCUACAACACCAUUGGAACCAGGCCUAAAAUUGUUAACACCUGAAACAGGAGACGAAAAUAUUGAAGUUCCGUACCAAGAACUCAUCGGCUCUUUAAUGUACAUUGCUAUUGGUACUAGACUCGACAUUUCACACACAGUCUCGUACCUAUCCCAAUUCAAUGCACAUUACGGGGAAGUACACUGGAAAGCCGCUAAACGUGUUCUUAGGUAUCUCAAAGGCACGAAAGACCUACAACUUCGAUAUAAACGUAACGGCCAAACAUUCCCUACAGGUUACGUAGACGCGGAUUACGGCAACAAUCUUGUAGACAGACGCUCUUUUACAGGAUUUGUCUACAUGAUGAGCGGAGCCCCUAUAUCAUGGGAAGCACGCAAGCAGCGCACAGUCGCGCUUUCUACUACUGAAGCCGAGUAUAUGGCUUUAGCAGAAGCUUGCAAAGAGGCAAUUUACCUCAAAACCCUCAUCAGUGAAAUAUUCGCCGUCACUCAUCCAAUCGUCAUUCAUACUGUCGUCAUAAUCAAAGCUCCAUAA